ACUUCUUACUUCUAUAUGAAUAGCUUUCAAAGAAUCUUGGAAUAUUAGGGCCAUGGAAAAGAUCUUGAAGAUCUUACACCUCAACUAACAUAUCUGCUUCUUUUGCCUCCAUCGCCAGCUCUGAGAGUUGAGAGCUUUGUAUUUCUUUUUGUAAAAUGUUUUCUUUACACGAAAGUGAUGAGCUGUUGUUUCAGAUUUCCUCUAAUGCCCGCCAACAACUUGCAGUUCGACAAGAUCUGAUCCUACCUGACGCUCCAAUGGACGACAGUAAUAUUGACUACGAUAAAGGAAGAGGCCGGCGCGGGAAACCGUCAGCUGCAGGUAUUUCGGGUAACUGGGAGAAAACUGAAGACAGCGACAAGAAGACGAUGCAUCGGGAAAUGGAACGGAAAAGAAGGAAAGACAUGUCCGAACUUCACGGGUCUCUGAGAUCUCUUCUCCCUCUCGAAUACAUCAAGGGAAAGCGUUCGAUGUCCGAUCACAUGAACGAGGCUGUGAAUUAUAUCAAACACCUUCAGAAUAAUAUUAAAGAACUGGUUGACAAGAGGGAUGAGCUAAAGAAGCCGUCCAAUUCUAAUAUUGCCCUUGAACCUGAGAAUGAGACCUUAACUUCCUGUCAGAGAACUUGUGUUAUGAUCCAACCUUGUUUGGGUGGGGUUGAGAUUAUGGUCAGUAGUAGCUUGACAGAUCAAGGAUUUCCUUUAUCAAGAGUGCUACAAGUACUGCUUGAGGAAGGGAUUGCUGCUGAUAGCUGUAUUUGUACCAAAGUAAAUGAAAGGUUAAUCUUCACCAUCCAAACUGAGGGUAAUGAUAUGACACGUGUAGAUCUACGACGGCUGCAACAUAAACUAACCGAGGCAAUUCCUUAAUUACCAAAGAAAAUUCCCUAGUUAUUGUUGUUCAUGUUAAUAUUUUUAUCAUGUGAUGUUCCCCAUUGGGCGUGAGAAACUUCUUGGAAUGUGAAAAUGGUUGAUUUCCUUUAUAUAUAACAUCUUCGAAAACAUUAGUGCCUCUUGAUGAUAUCUUCGAUUGAGUAGUUAUCUACAGAAAAAAUAGCUAGCUCUCAUCACAUGAUGUGCAAGAGAACAUUCCUCUGGUUUACAUACAUGCUCAUGUAAUCCUCCGUUUGUAGUACUAGCGAUCAAAGUUACCGAGUUGCACACUUGCAUGCAGUUGGCUGCAUGAUAUAUAUAAGCUUGAUGUCUUGGCCAGCUCA